CAAUAAUAAAAAAAAAACAUUAAAAUUUCGUUUACUUUGCAGGUUAUAAUGUCUAGUUUUAAAUAAGAUAAAAAUAUAUUUUUUGAUAAUCUUUAAUAUUUCCCAAUGGAAAAACUAAUCACCGAGUGAUAAGAUAAGACCCGGUUGUCUUAAUAUUUAUUUUAACAAUACCGUGACAUGAAUAAUAAGGUGACGACAGUGCGCAACAAAAUUAAUUCGGGGAAUUUUCUGCGAUCUCUUCACCUCCCACGGUCCCUCGCCCGUUUUUUAUUGUCAGGGGGAAGUACCGAACUGGGAAAACCACCAGUUUAAUCAACCCACUUUACUGCAGAUAUGGCUAUGUAUCCUACACCGCCAUCAAGCAGUGGAGACUCACCGCAGCCAAUAUAUUUUGUAGCUUCACCCACCUCUAACAGUUUCUCAGUGGCUUCACCUGAAAUGAACCAUUAUGUCCAAACUCAUAUUUUACCAAUGGACACCGCCAAUGUUAAUAAUGUAGAUGUAAAACAUGCUCCAUAUUUACGUUUUAUUGAAGAGCCCAUUAAUAAAUUCCGCUUUCGGUAUAAGUCUGAAAUGGCCGGGACACAUGGCAGCCUCUGCGGUAUGAACUCUGAUAAAUCUCGGAAGCAGACUUAUCCCACCGUUGAAUUGGUCAACUGUCCGCAGAAAGCAAUAGUCAGAUGCUCAAUUUACCAAUAUAAUAUUGAGGAGAAUUUUAAGCCCCAUCCUCAUCGGUUGAUUAUGAAGAGGGGCAGGGAGGAGCAUGAUGACCCUCACGAUUUACAGGUGGGUCCGGAGGAGGGAUACGUUGCAACAUUUCAUAGUAUGGGCAUCAUACACACUGCCCGCAAAAACAUUGUGUCAGAACUGGUAAAAAAGAAGAGUCUGUUAAAAAAAGAACAUAUUGCGACCAUCGAGGGUCAAAUAAGGGAACUGACUGCUAAAGAGCUCAUGGAGAUCAAAACUUUGGCAGAACAAGAGAGCAAGUCAAUUAACUUAAAUAUUGUUUGCUUAAGGUUUGAUGCUUAUAUAGAAACGAAUGGCAUAAAAAACCAGUUGUGCCCUCCGAUAUACAGUACUGGCAUUAAUAACCUUAAAUGUGCCUUAACGGGCGAUUUGAAAAUAGUGAGAAUGGACCACUGUACCAGUCCAGCCAAAGGGGGCAAAGAAAUCUUUUUGCUGGUCGAAAGAGUGACCAAAAAAAAUAUAAAAAUUCGAUUCUUUGAACUUGGCGAGGAUGAUGAGAGUGAGGUGUGGGAGGGUUGGGGCAAAUUUACCGAGCUGGAUGUGCAUCAUCAGUACGCCAUUGUUUUUAAGACUCCUGCUUAUGACCGGGAUCCAAACAUCACCCAACCGGUGGUGGUUUACAUGGAAUUGAUGCGACCGUCUGAUAACGCGCGUAGCGAGUGGAAAGAGUUUCGCUACGUGCCGAAUAACGAGUUUAAACCGGGAGUGAAACGGCCGAGACCCUCGAAUUACGGCAGCUCGUCUUCCUGUUAUAGUAGCGGCAGUCUAAAGAGCAACGAAUUGCCGACCACGGUACGCACCGUCGCUCAAACCACCGCAGAAACUUCGAAUAGUUUCUUUUCGCCGUCAGUGGCGAACAGUUGGAACCAGGUGGAGCUGAUCACGAACGAGCAGUUGCAUUUGGCGAUGCAGGACGUCGACUCGGACGAGUUCAAGAUGGUUUACGAGCUGCUGCAGACCGAAUUACCGCCGACGAUCGAUUUGGGGAGUAACGCGACCGACGGUUACCAGGGAAUCACGCAGCAGUUUGAAAAGAUGCGCGUUGCUAAAGACGCCAAGAAAAUACCGAAAUUAAGCGGGGGAGCUACUGGUAAACACCUGGCAAAAUUCCUGAAGGAACAAGAAAUGGAAAACUUCAACGAGACCAUCAUCAAAAUGGAAGUGCUGUACGAGGACCUAAAGAAAGCGGAAAGGACUUACACCGAACUGCGGUCUUUUAUUAAAACAAAAGACGCGGACAAACGGGUGGCGAACGUGUUGGAACAUCAUUUCGCCAACAACGACCCGAACAUCCGGAAAAACAAUGCCCUCCACGUGUUCAUCAGCCUUAACGGUAAAGAGGAGGUCACGUUUUUCCUGAAGAUGUUCGUUUUGGCGAAACGGUGCGACCUGGCGAACGUGGUGAACGCGGACCAGCUGACGCCCCUACAAAUCGCCGUUUUAUGCCGGAACGAGGAGUUUAUCAGUUAUUUGAUCCACUGUAACGUCGACAUGGGCAAACAGGAUCCGAACGGACGGACGGCCCUACAUUUGGCCGUUAAGGCGAAGGUUUCGCCGAAGAUUUUCGAGUUGUUACUCGCCGGGGAGAAUGGCAGGAAAUGCGUGGACGUUGAGGAUUACGACGGCCUCACUCCCCUAAACUACGCCCUAGAAACGGCCAACAUGGUCGCCGUGAAGUUCAUGUGCCACUACGGUGCGAACGUGAACAAGAAACAUCAGAAAAACGGAUUCACCCCGUUAAGGAUCGCCAUAGAAAACCAAAUUGCACCCGCGGUCCAAGUGAUCCUGAACCACUCCGGGUUCAGGAUGGAUUUGCAGAACGAUUUCCAGAACGUUUCGCCCUUCCAUGCGGCCACCAUGAAAGACGAUAACGACGAAAUCAUCGAUCUUUUAACCAAAUAUAUGAGUGACCACGGAAUUCCAUUGGAAUUAAAAAAGGAAGAAGAGGACAUCGACGAGGAUUCCGACGACGAAAUGGAAGAGAUCGACUGUAAACCGGACUUGAUCCCGAUAGCGAAACCGGAAGAGGUUUAUCGGGGCAUAAAGAAAUUAACGCCAAAGUGUUUGGACGAGGUGGCGCGUAUUUUGGAUGAAAACGAGAAGUAUUUACCGUUGGCCGAACUGUUGGAUCUCGGCCAUUUGAUUUGUGCCGGUUUGAUUUCGCAUAAGGGCGGCAUCAGUAAGAAUUUGUUGCAAUACGCCAUUGAGAGGGAUAACGUCAGUAUAUUCGUCAUCAGGAAUUUCCUGGAAAAUCUGGACGAAACGGGAGCGGUGGCAAUCAUGGAUCGCAUGGCUCAAGAGAUCUAUUAUCAGAACGCUUUGAACUGAUUUUUUUGAAAAUUCCCUAUUGGUACAAAUGUUUGUUAAUUAGUGUAUGUUAUUCUUUAAGAAAUCCGUAUUGUGUCUUUUACGUUCGAUUUAUAUCAUAGGUUUAUUUUUAAUAUAUUUUAUAUUCUUAA